CCACUCAUUUGAAAGGAACCACCCUAGUACGGAUCAUCUCUUUCCUCGUUAAGCUUCCCAAAAGUCUCAUCUUCAGUCGUCGCAAAAAGGAAGUCUCAUCUUCAGUCGUCGCAAAAAGGAAGAUUCCCGAGUCCACACUAUUUCACAUCCCACCUGACUCACUAAAUGCUCACUUUCCCCUCUUCAUUUGAAGCAUAACAAAUUAAAAAAGAGCAAGGCAAUUAUUCGAAGUUUCUCUCUGUCAACAAAAUGAGUAUAGUGCGUAAUCGUUGUGGUUCAGUGAGUGAAGAAAUGUCGAAUAGCUCGGAAAACGAAGUGGAAUCACUUCCACAGAUCAUUGGUGAUGAAUCUUACAAGGAAGCACGCAAGGAAGAAGCUGACUUGUUUGAAAAUCAUCCUCUUGAUAAAUCCAUGGUGGGCAUCCCAGUUUUGGCUCAAAAACUGGUUCACACUCAAGCAACUAUUAUAGCAAGAUGCUUGCCAGAGAUAGUGAGGAAUAGUAAUGAGAAGCUGAAUGCAAGUGUCUCGGAACUGAACAGGAUGCCUAAGACUUUGUCGUCGGUUGGUGAAGCCCUGACAACUUUCAUGGGCAUUGUUGGAUCCGCCAAAGAGUCGCUAAACAAGAUCAUUGUGAGGGGAGACUAUGAUGAGUAUCUAGAAGAUAAAAAUAUGCAUUGCACUGCCAGAUUGGUUGAAAUGCUCGACCAAUACUCAGAUGAACUUCAUAAGUGCUCUGAAAAUGACCUUACAGGGAACUUUUUGAUGGAUGAGAUUCAGGCUUUGGAGGAAGCCAAAGGGAUUCAAUUGCCAAAUUUCCUUUCCCGCACCACCUUCCUUGCUAUUCUGCAGAAAAAGGUUGAAAAGGUAUCACACAUACCAGUUGCCUUUGUUGAGAAAGUAUGGACUUACAUUGAAGGUGUGGUCAUAUCUGUUUUGAUGCAUCACUCGGAAAACUACCACCGGCUUCAGCUAUCCACUAGACGAGCAAGCCAUAAUCUCAUAGCAAGAAUGAAAGAGCAUUCUAGAAAUUGGGUCACAGAGAUCGUUCAAAUGGAGAAACUGACAGAUUAUACGAGCAAUCCUGAAUACAUGAAUGACUGGAACAAGCUCAUGGCUCAACAGCAUGAUUUCACGCGUGAUGUCCUGGAAAAUGGGUACAUUCCUACAUUCAAGAUUGAAGGUUUGGGAGAGGUUCCAAUUGCAGGUCUCAGGGGGUAUGAGCAGCAUGUUUUGCUUCAAGCUUUCGACUUGAAAAUGAGAAUGACUGCUUACUGGAAAAUUGUUUUGAGGAGGUUGGUUGAUUUUAUGGCUCUGCAUUUGCAGUUUUGUGUUCGAAAUCUUGUGAACAAGGAAUUGCAAGAGGAGAUCGUCCAGGAGCUUGUCGGUAGACAUGAUGGUGCGAUAGAAAGAAUGUUAGAGGAAUCUCCAGCGGUAGCUGCUAAGCGUGAGAAGCUGAAUGUGAGCAUCAAGUUACUGAGGGAGUCCAGCAAUGUCCUGGGAAACAUCAUGGACAAAAUUGCUUCAAAUGUCUAGUUUGAGUGCUGUCUAUCUAUCUAUUUAUCUAUACAUAUCUAUGCUCGUUUGGCUUUUCUUUUCUUGUUUCUAAGAUUGAUGGCACGAAGGAGUUUGUGUCAAUCUAUCAUGUUUUCCUAGUGUUUGUUCUAAUAGUAUUAUAGUAGUAUGAAGAUGUUUUCUAUUUA